CUGAAAAAUAUUCAUUAAGAAAGAGAAUCUGAUCUCUUUCUAAUGGAUUCUCCUGACUAAAUAAUAUUUUGGUUGAGAAAUCGAUUUUUCGAUUUCAAAACUCGCGAUGUCAAGCGGGAGGCUUUGCGGCUUCACGCCGAUAACCUUCUGUCGCAAGAUCUCAAGAUUGCAGCUUGCAAGAGGGCUUGCUCUAAAAAGGCUUAUCAAGGGAAAACACGAAUUUAGACGCGCAUCAACAUCAAAGAAGAACAAUGUCGAAAAAAAGAAAAAUAAAGAGAUCAAACGCACAGUUUCACAAAUCUCUUCUUCUGUUGCACAAGCUUCUCCAAAGAGUUUCAAUUCUACAAAACAUGUUUCUACUCCCCGAGCUACCGCGUCUCCUUUGUCAGUAAAGAAUGCAAAGAAGAAAGCGAAUACACCGAAAAAGAACACUUUGGAGGGUUCUUCGCCGAAAUGUUCAGCAAAUUUCAUUUUGAUGGUGGAGUUAAGGAAAAACAUCUUCGCUUUUAGAGAUAUGAUUGAUUUACCUUCUCUUGAUGGUUCUUUAUCUGUCACCGAGAUUAUAACACAAACGAUGGAAGAUCUACAAAAGCUUUCUCCUGAGAUUGUAACCAUUAAUCAAUCUUUUGAAAUGGAAGGAGCUGACAUGGAUAAGAUGUUAAUUUUCUUCUACGAAGAUCUCAGAGCUAUUGGGGAUUCUUGGAUUAUGGAUAGUGACUGGAUUUAUCGAUCUAAGUACAAAAACAGUGGCGUUGGGAAGAAUAAGUCAGAUCGUCUAGUGGAGCAUGUAUUAGCAGCUCUUGAUGGACUAAUCAAGACAACAAGAGAAAGAUUUGGUAUGAUGGAUCAUGAAUCUGAAGGUAGAAAGAGUUUUACACCAAAAGGUGUUUCAUCAGAAGCAAGAAGAAGCUUUACAAGAUCUGCUUCUUAUUCAGAAAGUAACAACUCUUUUUAUCCAUCUCCAUUAACACCAAGAUCAGUACUUCCUGGGACAAUGCUAAUGUCUAGUAACUCAACAUCUCCAAGUCUAUGGAACUUAAGAGCUCAAGCUUUGGAUAGGUUAAGCCCUGUUGAUUUGAAGCGGUUUGCCAUGCAGAUCUUGUCACAAAGAGAUUCAGAGAGUGUUAAUGAAACAAAGAUUGGUAUCGAAGAAGAAAACGAAGAGAGUGAGAUAUUAGUAGAAGAAAAAGAAGAAGAAGAUAAUGAUUUCUCUGUUUUAGAAACAGAGCAUCAUAAGGAAGGUUCUGAAACAGAGCAUGAGACUGAAGCAGAGCAUGAAAUCGAAGGUUCUGAAACAGAGCAUGAGAUUGAAGCAAAGGAUCAUAGCGAACGUUGUGAAACAGAGCAUCAUAUUGAAGGUUUCGAAACAGAGCAUGAGAUUGAAACAGAGGAUCAUAGUGAAACCACAAGUUCAGAGACUAACUCAACAGAAUCUUCUCAAAAAGAAGAUUUGCCUCCACCUCCACCACUUCCAUCACCGCAAACGCCGUCACCAACGGUCUCAAUGUUCAAUACGAAAUCUACUCUUCUCUCACAACCACCACCACCACCUCCAUCACCACAGUCGGAACCGGAACACAAAGCUCCAGCUCCUCCACCGCCGCCUCCUAUGUCAAAAACAUCAGAAAAUAGAGAGUUUUGUCAAUGUCCUAAACUGCAAUCUACAAAUGGAGACAAUGCUCCUUCGAUGCCGGCCCCUCCUGCGCCACCGGGAAGCGGAAGAUCAUUAAAGAAAGCAACUAGCAAAUUAAGAAGAUCAGCACAAAUCGCAAAUCUCUAUUGGGUUCUCAAAGGGAAGCUUGAAGGCCGUGGCGUAGAAGGGAAAACAACAAAAGCAAGUAAAGGGAAAAAGAAUGUUGCAGAGAAAUCUCCUGUUAAAGGUGCAAGAUCAGGAAUGGCUGAUGCACUUGCAGAGAUGACAAAGAGGUCGAGUUAUUUCCAGCAAAUCGAAGAAGAUGUUCAGAAAUACGCUAAAUCGAUCGAAGAACUGAAAUCUUCUAUACAUAGUUUCCAGACAAAAGACAUGAAAGAAUUGCUUGAAUUUCAUAGCAAAGUGGAAUCUGUUCUUGAGAAACUAACUGAUGAAACUCAAGUUCUCGCGAGGUUUGAAGGUUUCCCUGAGAAGAAACUAGAAGUAAUAAGAACAGCUGGUGCCUUGUACAAGAAGUUAGAUGGGAUUCUAGUUGAGCUCAAGAACUGGAAGAUUGAGCCUCCAUUAAACGAUCUUCUCGAUAAGAUAGAGCGUUACUUCAACAAAUUUAAAGGAGAGAUUGAAACGGUUGAGCGAACAAAAGACGAAGACGCUAAAAUGUUUCAGAGGCACAACAUUAACAUCGAUUUCCAAGUUCUUGUUCAAGUCAAAGAAACUAUGGUUGAUGUUUCAUCAAAUUGCAUGGAGUUAGCACUAAAGGAGAGGAGAGAAGCGAACGAGGAAGCGAAGAACAGUGAAGAAAGCAAGAUGAGUAAUAUGAAGGAAGAGAGAGCUAAGAGGCUAUGGAGGGCUUUUCAGUUUGCUUUCAAAGUUUAUACAUUUGCAGGAGGUCACGACGAACGAGCAGAUUGUUUAACAAGACAACUUGCACAUGAGAUUCAAACAGAACCUGAUCAAACCGAAUCAUCGAUCAUGUCUUGAAAACCAGAAAAAAGCUUCAUCACAUGUUUUACUCAAUGAAACCAAGAAGAGAUUGAUGCUAGAAGAUGGUUUACAAUACUUCAUUUUUGUGUGUCUCUAGUUUUGAUUUUGGACCAAUGCAAAGAGACAAAAACCAUUUUUUUCAUUUCAUAUAUAUAUAUUUACAAUUUUACAUGACAAAGAAGCAAUCAAGCAAAUGAUCUUAA